AUGAGGGUGGUGCACGUAGGAUUUUGUAUACAUAUUCUUCACCAUGGCAUUCAGAGGGAAAUUAAAGGGAAUUUAUGGUAAAAUAUCCAAAGGUGCCAUUCAGAAGGGGUUUUCAUACCGCACCGCUGCCACUAAAAGCAAAUGCGAACUGAAAUCGAAAUAUGAUGUUGUUAUAAUUGGAGCCGGACACAAUGGAUUGGUGUCAGCAGCUUACUUACAAGAGGCAGGGCUCAGUGUAUGUGUUGUGGAGAGGAGACAUGUAAUAGGGGGUGCUGCUGUGACAGAGGAGGUAAUUCCUGGUUUCAAGUUUUCACGAGCCUCGUAUGUCUUAAGUCUUCUGAGACCACAAAUAAUGAAAGAUCUGCAACUGAAGAAAUAUGGCCUUGAGGUGUAUCUGCGUGACCCCAGCUCAUACACACCUCUCUUGACACCUGGGGGCAGGGAUGGAAAAGCUAAGUCUCUUCUUCUACACAGGGACAGCAAAAAGACUGCCGAGUCAAUAGCACAGUUCUCUCAGAGAGAUGCCAAGAGUUGGUUUGAAUAUGAAAAACAACUGGAACAUAUUGUUUCGGCCAUUGAGCCGUUGAUGGAUUCUGCUCCAAUCCACCUACCAACUGUCAUGGCACCUCAAUUACUGAAACAAGUGAAAAGUCUUCCUGCUAUUUUUACGCUCCUGAAGUCAUCCCUGGGAAGUUUCAGAGACACCAGUGCCUUUUAUGAACUUAUGACAGCUCCAACUACAAAGAUUUUGGACAAAUGGUUUGAGUCUGAGCCUUUAAAAGCCACACUGGCAACAGAUUCAGUCAUAGGAGCCAUGAUCAGUCCAAAGACACCAGGAAGUGGAUAUGUGCUGCUCCACCAUGUGAUGGGGGAACUGGAGAGGGUAAAGGGGGCAUGGGGUAUUGUGAAAGGGGGCAUGGGGGCAGUGUCCCAGUCUAUUGCUAACUGUGCAGUUGACAGAGGCGCCAGCAUCUUCACCGAUUCGCCUGUUCAAGAAAUUGUGACCAACAAUAAUUCUGUCAAGGGAGUGGUCUUACAAGAUGGAACAGCCAUUGAAGCUAGGGCUGUUUUAUCAAAUGCUACACCAAAAGUUACAUUCUUAGAUCUUUUACCAGCGGGCAAUCUCUCAGAGGAUAUGAUGAAGGAACUCCGAAACUUUGACUAUACUUCACCUGUGACCAAGAUCAAUGUUGCUGUGAAAGAACUACCAAACUUUGUCGCUGACCCAAAUAUAAAAAAGAAUGAGGUCAUGCCCCACCAUCGGGCAACAAUUCAUCUCAACUGUGAGCAUUCUGACCUUAUUCAUGAUGGCUUCCUGGAGGCUCAAGCUGGAAAGUUUUCUAGCAAGCCUAUGAUUGAGAUGGUAAUCCCAACGAGCCUGGAUCCUACCAUGGCACCCCCUGGUUGUCAUGUUUGUCUUCUUUUUACACAGUACACCCCAUACCACUUGGCAGAAGGCCAGGAAUGGGAUGACCACAUGAGAAACAGAUAUGCUGAUACAGUCUUUGAUGAUAUAGAAAAGUAUGCCCCAGGUUUCAAGGCCAGUGUUGUAGGUCGAGACAUCCUUACUCCACCCGACCUAGAGAAGACAUUCAAUCUUACUGGAGGUAAUAUCUUCCAUGGAACAAUGGGCUUGGAUCAGUUGUACAUGUCACGGCCGAUAUCCAAAAUUAGCAAUUACAGAUCUCCUGUGGAGGGCCUCUAUCUGUGUGGAAGUGGGGCUCAUCCAGGUGGUGGUGUGAUGGGAUCAGCUGGAAGACUGGCUGCUAUCACAGCUUUGUCAGAUCUAAAAACAUUGUGAGCACUAUCACCAGAACAACACUGAAUAACCUGGUCAAAGGAGUCUAUGACCAGAGAAUAACAUACAUUUUCUCAGCAAACUGGCUUUAUAUAAUUACGACAGGGAUCAGAAAAUUACCUGAAGAUCAAUGAAUUCCUUUCUCUAUUGUGAACAAGCCUUGAAGAAUACCAUUACCAUUGAUAAAAAUGGAUACUUAGUAAUAUGUACUGUUUUUAUCUGGAUAUAAACCCAUGCUGGUAAUAAGCUUUUUCACUUGAAAUACAAACAAAUGCUGUCUCAAUUCCUUGUGAUAUGCCAGCAAUAUUGUACCAUUGGUAAUUGCAAAAUAAUUACUGUAGAGAAUGUAGGAACUUUUGUAGUCCGCCAGAGUUAAUAUCUUAGAAAUAAUAGCUGGUGUUCUGUACAAUCAACAACGGUGAUAUUUUAUCAAAUCUUGUAUGGAAUUGCAGCUUAUAAUACAAUGCAUUUGGAUUUAAACUUUAUCUUAAAAAAUGACCCUAGUUUCACAAAAGUUUGCAGUAAGUUCUCAUCAAAUUUGACCAACAAUGAAAAAUGACACUAUUAGAACAUCAUUUCUGAUAGACUAGUCUCGGAUUUGGAAUGCGAACCUUCUUAACUUUGUGAAACCAUAUGAAGGGACACAUCUUCUGAUUUAAUGCAAGACUUAUAUACCAGUACAACUUAUUUUUGUACAUAUUUGUGAGAUUGACCAAUAUUUUAGUUUUUGUUUUACAUUUCUAUAAAUAUUACUUCCGAAAGUAUUGAUAUUAAAAUUUUUCAAGACGUUUUGACACUUGAAGAAUUUGAGUUCGAAAUCAUCUACACUGUACUUUUGUAGUGAUAUUUUAAACUUUAAGAAAUUUAAUCGGGUAACCAAAAUUUUCUUUAUUCAAGCUGAAGUUUGGCUUAUAUCGGUAUCAUUA